CUAGCAAACAGUGUUGCAAAACCUCGCAGUGUCGUCACUAAUUUCUGCUCUCAUCUCGUGUAUUUUUGUCUGCGGCUUUUUGACCUAAAAUGCACCUGCUGAAGCAUCUUCGCCAGCUGAAUGGGCUCCAAGGACUGCGGCAGGCUAUCCGCCAGGUGUCCUCGGCCCCCACCAAACCCUCCGCACUGCAGUACGAGCGGGAUCCGCAACCACUGUUCACGGACGCAGAAACCCAGCGGCUGCUCCAGUCCAUGACGCAACUGAACUUGGAUCGGGUCUACCGAAAGCGCACAGUGCCGGACAACAGCAGCGAAAUUAAGUUCAUGACCAACGAGCAGCUGGACUCCGAGUUCCAGGACAUGGUACUGCGGGCGCAGCACAUGCUCCAAAUGCCACCGAUCGUAGAGAUUAAGAAGGAUGUGCAGCGCGUAAUAGACAAGGAUCCCGCGCUUAAAGACUUUGCCAACACCAAGUACGUCUUCACGGACAUCACCUUCGGUCGGCGGCAGUCGGAGCGUAAGGUGUUCGUCCGGGAAACGGACGGAACUCUGGAGCACGCCACUCUGGACACCACCAAGCGCAUGAACCAGUUGUAUUUCCCACUGGAGGGCCGCCAGUCGUACACUCCUCGUAUGUUUGCCUUGGAGGAACUGCUGUCCAAGUGCCUCACAGAGCACAAGUACGAGUUCAUCCUGGAUCGCCUCCUUGUGCAGUACGAACCUUAUGAGGCCGAAUUCCAUAAUAUAUCUGCGCGCGUCUUCGAGCAUCUCAACGAGUCCAAGCAGUUCGAUCUUCUGCGCUCCACGCGCCACUUUGGUCCCAUGGCCUUCUUCUACGCCUGGCAUCGCUGCAUCGACGAUCUGCUGUACGACAUGAUCCGCCGGGAUUACCUGCACAACGCCGUGGAGUUGAUUGCCCUGAGCUACAAGGUACACAACAUCCCGGUGGAAUACGAGGCUACGCUAACUAAACUGGACAAACUGCAUCCCACGCCGGCGCAGACUGCUCUGGCGGAACUAAGGAGCGUCUUUCGGCGACCGGAGGAUAAGCAGGGCAUCGAGCAGGAGAUUCACACGGCCAUUGGCAAAACGGACCAGGAUUUCGCCGCCGAUGAGAUUAGUUUGAAGUUCAUCGAGCAGUACAUAGCCAGUGAACAUUCGCUGAAGAAGGUACAAUUGGAGCUUGCUGUCCAGACCUUGAAGGAAGUAAAUCGCGAAAAGCAGUUGCUGUUCCAGGGUUUAAAAAAAGCCCACGGCGUGCAGGCGUCGUAGGAUUAUCCCGCUUUAUUGUUAUCGAUUUCUAUAUGCUAAUAAAUACCAGUUAGGUCAAACAA